UGGGUUGGUGGUCUACUUCACAUUAAGAGGACACCCCUCCAUCUGUUCUCAGUACAGCCUGUUUCCAAUUUAAAACACAGAUUUCAAUACAAACCUCAAUCUCUUUUCUCCAUUUUAUAUGCAAAGUGAGGUUUACGAAUCGGUGUCAUUGCCAUAAGGGCUCAGACCAAAUUUCCCCCUAAAAUUCACAGGCUGUUCAUUUGAAUACCUGCUUACAGUGGUACACAAUGGGCAGCUUUGAGAAGAAAAAUUGAUAAUCUUCACGGAAGAGUAAUUUGAAUGAAAUUACACUUGACAGCCCGUCUCCAAGCAAACAAGGAGAGUGAGGGAGCCUUAGCUAAGCUCUGAGGACUUGCCUAAGCCUCUGCUGUUGGAGCUUCCAAGGGAAAAAAAAAAAUCCACACUUUUUCCUACAUCUGACUGAAGCUUUUGAUUAAUUCUGUGUAGCUGUUUCUAGUGAAGAAAGGUAGCCAUGGAAGAGAAUAUGGAAGAGGGACAAACACAGAAAGUAUGCCAGUGAAGGAGAGCUUUAAGAAGUUUCAGAAGAAUGUAAUGGAGUCUAGGGUGCUAUCUCAUUAGUGUGUACACACACACUCUGUUUCUUCAGCCAUGAGAAAGAGGGUGCUUUGAGUGUUGCAUCAAAUGCCUGGGAGGUAUUCCCUAUGCAUCUUUAAUUGCUACCAUCUUGCUGUAUGCUGGCGUCGCGCUGUUCUGUGGUUGUGGACAUGAAGCACUUUCAGGAACUGUCAACAUUCUGCAAACCUACUUUGAGAUGACAAGAGUUGCAGGAGAUGUUAUUGAUGUCUUUACCAUGAUUGACAUCUUCAAGUAUGUGAUAUAUGGUGUAGCAGCUGCAUUCUUUGUAUAUGGCAUUUUGCUGAUGGUGGAGGGAUUCUUUACAACUGGUGCCAUCAAGGAUCUCUAUGGAGAUUUCAAAAUCACCACUUGUGGCAGAUGUGUCAGUGCCUGGUUUAUUAUGCUGACAUACAUCUUUAUGUUGGCCUGGCUUGGCGUAACGGCUUUCACUUCUCUGCCUGUUUACAUGUACUUCAAUCUGUGGACCAUUUGCCGAAAUGCCACUUUAGUGGAUGGAGCUAAUCUCUGCUUGGAUCUUCGCCAGUAUGGUAUUGUCACAAUUGGAGAGGAAAAGAAGGUUUGCACCACAUCAGAAAGUUUUAUCAAGAUGUGUGACUCUAAUGAGCUAAACAUGACAUUCCACUUGUUCAUUGUGGCACUUGCUGGAGCUGGAGCAGCAGUCAUUGCUAUGGUCCAUUAUCUCAUGGUCUUGUCUGCCAACUGGGCCUAUGUGAAAGAUGCUUGCAGAAUGCAAAAAUAUGAGGAUAUUAAGUCAAAGGAAGAGCAAGAGCUUCAUGAUAUUCAUUCUACUCGCUCUAAAGAGAGGCUCAAUGCUUACACAUAAAAGAAUCCUUCUCUUACUUUCUAACAUGUGAAUGCUUUGUUGUUUAACUAAAGGUCAUCCAAUCAUUUUAAAAACAAUUGAAAGUGCUUCUCACAAAAGAUAGUUUGGGUGACUUACAUAUCACCCAUAUACAAUUCUUGGUUGUCUAGCACUUGGUUUCUUAAUUAGUUCUUAUUUUGUGUGACCAUUCUCUACCACAGAGCUCCUAAAUAGCCUUUCCUGAAUCCUUUUAAGCUAAUUAGUUCUGCUAGAUGAAGGAUACUAAACUACUGUCAAAUACAAAUAUGUGUUUGAUUUUUUUAAUCACUUUGUAUGUGUUAUGCAUAACACCUUUUGCAUUGUUUCAUAUAUGUUUUUGGAAAAAAAAGAUAGCUUUUUAUACUUUUUAGUUUUGAGUUCAAUAACUACUUUAACUACAGGUAUACUUCAAAGGGACCAUUGUACAUGAUGUACAAUAUAUAAAGAAAACACUGAUGACUUUCCUUUAUAUUUGGAAAUCUUGCCAGAUGGACCCUGAUCAACUUGAAUGAAGGUCCUAAGAAAGUUUUAAACAAUCAAAGGUGCAAUUUCUAAAUUUGUAAUAGUGGGUAAAAAAUGGAAAAAAAAAAAAAAAGGAAAAAGAAAAAAAAAGAAAAAAAGUGCUUCUUAUCUUUGUUAACAUUGUAUUAUUAUUGAUGUUUUUAAAGAAUAUUCUCUUGUUCCAAGUUCCAUGGGUGAUAAUUCCUGUUUGUAUUGUGAGCAUGCAGACCGUGGUGCUAACAAUGCAUGGCCACUUGCCUUUUGAAGGAAUUCAAUACCACGGUUACCUGUUAAAGAGUUAUGGUAUAUAGACAGUUGUUAAUUAAGUGAUAUAGUUAUCCAUAGUUUUUUACAGAAUGAUCUCUCUUUAAUUAAUUCAAUGAUGGUUAUGCUAAAUUGGAGCUGUUCAUGUGAUGAUGUGAGAAAUUACUGCUUAGCUACAUUUAUGAAAGUAAUAUAUCAAAAAUACAGUGACCAUAGGAGUCAGAAGUCUUUUUACCUGCUUUAAAAAUUUAAAUGGAUUGCACCUGUCUGAACUGUACAAGAUAUAUUAAAGAAUACUUCCAUAAAUGUUAUAGCUUGGCUUCUAGCUUUCCUACACAUAUUUGUUUACCUGUAUUAUGUUAAAGUAAGGUGAAAGACCACUACAGAGCUUAUUAUUUGAAAGUGUAGUAAUAUAUUUGAACAUUUAUUUUGAUAGGAAAAUGGUAUCAGAAAGAUAGGUCAUCUUAAUUUGAAAGAAUUACCUGUAUCAAAAAUGAAACAAAAACCCCUAUUUAAACAAAAUCUGUAUUAUUGGACCAAAUUUGGUGGAUUUUUUUUUUUUUUUGCCUAUUUCUAAUGCUACAAGAAUGCUGUAAAGUGUCUUUUAAAGUGAAGUAGCCUGACAAGACAUUUUUGUCAGUGUUAAAAAUCUUAGGUAGUUUUGUGCACUUAUUGGACCAUUGUGAAUUCUCUCUCAGUGUAAGUGCAUUUCUAAUAAAAUUUCUUGAGUAAAACUCUUCUUUGUACUAUUAUUAGUCAUGCAUCAUCAGUAAUUUUUAACAAUUCUUGUAGUAAGUAGAGGGUAAUACUAUAGUUAUUUGUGGCAUGAUAAUGCAAUAAAUAGUAUUAGUUGACUGAUUUUUUUUUUCUUUUGGUUGUUUUGUUUUGUUUUGUUUUUUUGAUUGUGUUUUUGAUUUUAUCUUUUUUUUCUUUUUUAUUUUUAUUUUAUUUUUAUUAUUAUUUUUUUUAACACUUAGGCUGUCCUAUGGGGUCAACAGUUUUCUGAUAAUGUGCAGUACCAGUAUUACAGUUCUGCAAAAAGUAUUAGGAACCUCUCUUUUGGAUUCUAUAUUGUAGUGUUUCAGUUUUGUGUCUUAAAACGUUUGUGCUGAUUUUUAAAACUAUGUCUUUUAAACUCAUGUAAUGAUGUUAAUGCUUUUGGCUCUUCUCUGGUAUUAGAGUUUGUAUUUUCACAAAGAAUGCUUUGUAGCAGGCAUUACAAUUAAUCUGUUUUGUACAUAAAUGUGCCAACAGCUUGAUGGUGGCGUUUUUGAAAUGUAGAACAAAGUGCUUGCAAAAAUGUAAUAAAGACACUUGUGUACUUUGUGUACUUA